UUUGACUUAAAGAAAGUGAUUAAUCUUCUGAAAGCCAUUGUCUACUUACUUUUUUUAAAGCCACAUUUUUAAGUAUUUAAUAAACCAACCAGGCUGUUCACUGCUGCGUUAAUGAAGCAUUAUUAUUUACCACGACGGACGUCAAACUUGCCGCAGUAAUAGAUCUUAGAAAACUACAGAAGGGACAUGUCAAAACUGAAAAAGAACAAAACACUGCCAGUUCACAUUGUUGAACAACAUAAUGAUGUGGUGCCAUUUAUUCAUCGUGCCAUUGCUUCUAAAUUGCUACAAUUCACUGAAAUACCCAUAAUUCACCUGGACUCUCACCCUGAUCUGUUGAUACCAAUCAACAUGCAAGCUGAUCUUGUUUUUCAACCUCAAUCAUUAUUCCAGUCAAUCAGCAUAGAAAACUGGCUCCUCCCACUAGCUUAUGCAAAACACAUCAGUCACAUAGUAUGGGUGAAACCACCCUGGGCCAAUCAAAUCCAAGCAUCAGAACAAGAGUUUACUAUUGGAAAAUCUGUGCAAUCAGGAAAAAUUAGGUUGUCUUGUAAAGAAAAUUACUUUUUGACGGAUGGGUUGUUCUCCAAAGUCGAAGGUUUGACAGACACGAGCAAGGUCAAGCUGACAGUGGUUGAGCUGGCACCAAAAAACUGGGAGGAAUUGCCUUCAAGCUGUGCUGCCUCUUCUAGCUCAAGCAGUGACAGCCAUUCAGGGAUAUUUAGAUCAUACAAAGAAUGGACUCACCACAUACAAGAUGCUGUUCAGAGCAAACCUUACAUCCUUGACAUUGACCUAGAUUUUUUCUCCACCGCCAACCCAUUUAAAAACUGGCUUGGGCCAGAGGAGGAGGAGGUUGUCAGACAACUGUACCACUGUCCUUCACCUUCAGAUCUGAGUGAUGAGAUGGAGUUCUGGAACCCGCCUCAGCCAUCCGUGACACAUGACCCCAGGCAGAACAAAAGACAGGGUCCAAACAUUAUCGACUCUUUUGGUGAAGAGAUUACGCCUAUGUUACUCACCAGGCAGAAGGAGCCUGUAUCGAUCCUGGUCACAGAAAAUGCCCACAUGGGGGAAGAGCUGGGACAGGAUGGGACUGAAUUGGCCACGGCCAUAGUUCAGGCCAAGAUAGACGGAGACGGAUCCGUACAGAAACUGCCUGUUGUGGAAGUGGAGCACCGUACCUAUCAUGCCGGUUGCUGCAAUAGGAAAUGUUGGAUGUGGUUCUUUAUUUUUCUUUUGCAGUUCACUGGUAAGAUAUCGUAA